AAACGAAACCGUCCAUUAGCUUGAAUGUAGAAAUACGAAUUAACCAUGGAUUUAAAGAGUGCUGGAAACUCUUUUGACUCAUUCACUGGUUGGAUGCUGAUUCUGGCACAAGUCCAAACAACGGAUGCACUUUACACCAAUGAGAGCAUCCAUUUCAACAAUCGGUUCUCCAUAUGGCACAAAGGCCCCUCCUCCAAGCUCCAUCCCGGCAGAGGGUCUCAUUCAUGCUUCAGGACUGCGGUUCACUGCAAGCCUCAUCCUGGCCCUUGGAUCAACUGUUCUGAUCCGGUCUGGUCUCCUGUCAAAGGGAGACUUUUUUUGCCUCCACACGCUGACAUUUAAAGAAUAUAGUGAGUCGGACUCGCUGCGGACUGUCUGUGGAGUUCAGUGCAGUGAGCAGGUGAUCAUUUUGCGCUCGAGCUGACGCUGGAGAUUUGCGCCUGGACAAUGCUUGCAAUCAGUGGGGGAGUGUAUUUAUUAUCAUUGUUUGAGCCUUAAAAGAAACUGUGUGGAUUUUUUUUAACUGAGACGCCCUUUGAAACAUCACACAGCACCGGUCAUUUAUUCAGUAAAGCUGCGCGCAUUUUGUUUCCCUGUGGCGCUUUGGAGGAGCGCAGAGCCUCGGUGUGUGGACCUUCUGUUGUUUGCCAAAGUGCUUAAGCUCCAACUCAGUUUUUUUCAGCCCAACUAAGUUCCAAAAAAAAGUGCAUCUCACCACCGGGCAGUGCUUAAAUGUUCGGGAUCCAGGAGCAUCUGAUACGAGAAGUGAGCGGAUUAAAAGAGAGAAGUCUUGGAGAGGAGAUGGAUCCAGUCCGGUCGUGGGUGCGUAACGUCGGGGUUGUGGACGCGAACGUCGCGGCGCAAAGUGGAGUCGCUCUGUCAAGAGCUCAUUUUGAGAAGCAGCCUCCCUCCAAUCUCCGCAAGUCCAACUUCUUCCACUUUGUCCUGGCCCUCUACGACAGACACGGUCAACCUGUAGAGGUGGAGAGGACUUCGUUUGUAGACUUUGUCGAGCAUGACAAGGAGCAGACAGGAGAAAAGACCAACAACGGCACCCACUACAAGCUGCAGCUGCUCUACAGCAACGGGGUUCGCACAGAGCAAGAUCUUUACGCUCGACUCAUCGACUCUGUCACUAAACAGCCUAUAGCAUACGAGGGACAGAACAAGAAUCCAGAAAUGUGCAGAGUCCUGCUCACACACGAGGUUAUGUGCAGCCGCUGUUGCGAGAAAAAGAGCUGUGGCAACCGAAAUGAGACGCCCUCUGACCCAGUCAUCAUUGACAGGUUUUUCUUGAAGUUUUUCCUGAAAUGUAACCAGAAUUGUCUGAAGACGGCUGGAAACCCGAGGGACAUGAGGAGAUUUCAGGUGGUCCUGUCCAGCACGGUGAGUGUGGACGGCCACGUCCUGGCGGUGUCCGACAACAUGUUCGUCCACAACAACUCCAAACACGGCCGGAGAGCCCGUAGACUGGAGCCGGGAGAGUCUGUGGAGAAUUCUAUGGAAUAUGCGACGCCGUGUAUCAAAGCCAUCAGUCCCAGUGAGGGCUGGACCACCGGCGGGGCCAUGGUCAUCGUCAUCGGGGAGAACUUCUUUGACGGGCUGCAGGUGGUGUUUGGCAGCAUGCUGGUGUGGAGUGAGUUGAUCACACCGCACGCCAUCCGUGUCCAAACACCUCCCCGACACAUCCCCGGAGUCGUGGAGGUCACACUCUCGUACAAAUCCAAACAGUUCUGCAAAGGAGCUCCCGGACGCUUCAUCUACACAGCCCUUAAUGAGCCAACUAUAGACUACGGCUUCCAGCGUCUUCAGAAGGUCAUUCCUCGACAUCCUGGUGACCCAGAAAAACUAGCCAAGGAGAUCCUCUUAAAAAGAGCUGCAGAUCUUGUGGAAGCGCUGUACGGAAACCCACACAGUAAUCAGGACAUGCUGCUGAAGCGCGCGGCUGACAUCGCCGAGGCCCUCUACAGUGUUCCCCGUCCUCACAGUCAACUGCAGGCGCUGCCAAGUUCACCGGCCCACGGCAGUGUCAUGGGUCUGGGCUCCUACCCCUCUCAGUUAGGUGUGAGCAUUGGGGAGCCAGGACAUAGCAGCCAAGGUUAUAUUCGAAACUCCAGCAGUUUGUCUCCGAGGGGUUACCCAUCAGCCUCCACUCCCCAGCAGACAGGUUAUGGGGGCAGUGGCGGGAUGACUGGAGGCUAUGGGACAGUUCCCAUGACCAGCUUAGGAGUUCCUGGUUCUCCUGGUUUCAGCAGUGCUUCACCCACAGGCUCUCCAUAUAUAAUGCCCUCCAGCCCUACUAUACCAGGAAGCUCCAGCUCCUCGUCUUCUCUCUUGCCUUUCUCCUCCUUCCCGUCUGCUGCUAAACAGAAGAGUGCUUUUGCUCCUGUCCUCAGGCCCCAGGGCUCCCCCUCCCCUGCCUGUCCUGCCUCAGGGGGGAACAGCUUCAGAGGUAGCCACCCAUCUCACUAUCUGACCCCCCUGUCUGAACUCACCAAUGCAGUCUAACUCCUCCAUACUAACUCCUCGAAAAGCUUUGACUGAACGAGACAGAGAACACCUGCUGGAUGUACAUUAAUGCAAGACCUGGUUGAUUAGAAUCAUAGAUUUUGUAUAUUUUUUUCUCUCCAGCGAUGACGGGCCUGGUUGUUCCCAUGAUGUAGCAAAGCACCCACCCCAAUCUACCCCAGACCACUGCUUCACUUAGCCCCUCCUUUUGGCACUGAGUGGACAGGGAGAAAGGAAAAAUUGAUCCCUAGUGACUAUAUAUAACCUCCCUCCCUGAGCCCCCCCCCCCCAAAACAGCCAUUUCUUAGCCCCCUUUUCAUUCACGUGGAUGAACGGGACGGGGUAAAAUGAAAAUGUCCAAAGACCCAGCCAUCUUCUCCAGAGGCAGAGGAGAUUACUCCGGCCACAGCUACAGACAGACUGCGUUCCUUAGCGAUACUGCUCCACACUGGGACGUGCGCUGCGGAAAGAGUGCGGAAAGAAGGGAGAACAGGUUCCUACUUUCACCUCAAGCUUCUAAAGCAUCUGUAUAAACCUCUGGCCUGCAAUCACACGCAGUAUUUGAUUCUUCCAACACCUGCCCAAGCGUUGGCCAGAGACGCGUGUCAUGAGAGGCACUGUUGGAUGAUGGACGGAAAGCUCUGAUGUAAUGUUUGCAUCUCCGCUGUGUUGUCUGUGUGUGGACACCUCCGAUGGCAUGUGUGUGUGUGUGUGUGUGUGCACUGUCUGUGAAGUUAGCGAGAGGCUUUUUUUCUAGUAGACUUUUUGAAGACAAUUUACAUUCCAGAGAAAUAGACCCUUUAUUUUUUGUUCUGAUCUUUACAAGGGAGAACUCUUUGUCCCAAGGGUUAUUACUAAAGGAAUUCAUAUAUUGAUUUAUUUAAGAACAAGCAAUUUAACUUAUUAUAGUUAGUUUAGGGUAUAAUAUAAAUGUGGUUUUAUAAAGUGGUCCUUUUUCCAGCUGUCACUGAAAUAAGGUUGUCUCAGCAAUUGCUAUUUACUUUGCUAAAUGAUCAGAGGGAAAUGAUUUUUGUUAGUGAAAUCGAUUCUCACAGGUUCUUUCAUCACAAAAUCCUGAUUUUAAGUAAUCUUAUUGACCUUGUGUAAAGGUGAAAUUGUUAGUUAGCCUUAUCCUUUUUUUGCUCUCACUUAUGACGCAUGCUUUGUCACACCAAUGCCCUGAUAUUAUUUCAUUCCAUGUUGCAAACUUCAAUGUAAAUGGCUACACCUUGACGAUUUACAGUGUCAUUUUUAAAUGUCUCAGCCAGUAUCUAAGUCUGUAGUCACUAUGCAGUAAACGGCGAAUGAGCGCACAAGUGCUCAGUAGUAAACAACAGGGUGUGUGUGUGUGUGUGUUAGGUGUUCAGUAACCCUCAUCAUGCUAUUGUUACCCAUUGAUUUCUUUUUUUGACAUUAUCACCAUACAAACCUCAUUCUCAGGACAUGAAAAACAAAGAAACACAAAGAGUAGGUGACAUUUGCAAAAUGUUUGUUUUUGUUUAUAGUCUGGUUUUAUUCUAUUUAUUUAAGAAAAAUAUUAGCAAUUUAAUAUUAUGUUUUUGAAGCCAUCUUUAUUUGAAACACUACAGAAAAUGGUGCAAAUGUGAUUUGAAUAUCUCAAGUUGUAAUUAUAUUUUGUGCUCCAAAUAAAAC